AUCUGCCCUAAUAUCAACGUCGCAGGCACGCAGUCUUUUUUCGUCUCGUAGUUUUUAGUUAAUUGGUCAAAACAUGUGCUAAAAUUAGAACUCUCUUCUAUUUGAUUGUUGAGGAAAAGGAAGUAAUUCAAGACCUUUAAUGAAUGCCGGCACAAGGUAAGCGAUCAAAGCAGAGACCUUGAACGUCACAUGAAAAGUAUGUAGUUCCGCUACCGCGUUCCAAGGCGAGUUGGCUUCUUGUCCCCUUGCAGCUCGUGAUCUGGCCUCACAAGUGUUUUAUCAAACACCCACAGACAGGUCACAAGAAUGCUCAGGGUCGUUGGAAAGUCCCGGGGAAAGGAUAGGAGUCUCUUGGCUGAUGCGCCAACGUAAACAAAGAUAUUACCACUUCUGCAUGGUUAUUACUCAUGGCUUUGCAAUCUGUAUGGCAUGACACAAUUUUUUUCUAUGUCUGUUGUGAAUAUGUUUAGCUUUAAAGUGUGAGUAGCACUGGGAAAUGCCGUGAAAAAAAAACCGGCCAUCAGAAAGCAGAAAGUAAAGGUUGUUGCAUCCAGCGCGUGCUGCAUCAGGAUAAUAGAAAGCUAACUAAAAAUCUCACUGCACGCCAAGAAAACAAGCUGGCUUAGAACAUCAAGCAUUAAAAAAAUUUCAAGUUCAGCGUUUUGGCGUCCACUCCAAGGUCACGAGAUGUGGCGGCCCUAUUUCGCGCGAGAAGCCUAAGCUUCGCGGAAUGAAAGGCCACAGGAGAGCAUCCUUUGCCCGGAAUCCUCGUGGCGUUGACAGUGCACACAGGCGAGCAAAUUUGUUGUUGAUCCUCACUGUUUAAAAUCCGAUUUGUCGUGGAGCGGGCUGGAGCGGGGCUGAAGGGGAGUGCUUUUGGCAACGGACUGGACGCAAAAACUGCUCUUACUGUGACGCAAGGGGGCCCACGCUAAUGCGAAGUGUCGAGUCGGAAGUUAAAGCUCUGCUGGCUGCACUCACGUGCUAGGGAGAUUACGUCCGAGGUAUAAAAGAGACAGCUUGGCUUUCCGUAUCAUGAAAUAGUUUCUUCGAUGCCACGGAGGGAAGUUCACACCGCUUGACGUUCAUAGAACAUUUCAGUAUUCCUUGCGGACAACUUUAAACGCCAGAGAGAAUAAGAGAAAAGAUAAUUCCACUUUGUCUUUUUCAAGACUCCACCUCAAGUUCAACUUUUCAUUGAAUAAUCUCGGUGUAUAGUUCAGCAAGAGAAGGACUUAGAUUGGAUCUACUCGGUUAUUGCACUGCAUAAUAUAACGGCCAUAUUCCGGAUAUCCCGUGCACCCAAGAACGAUACGCGUUACUAUAAUGGAUUCCCCAAAACUGUUUGAAAUAGGCGCUCGCCAGCUUCUACUAGCGUUAUUAGGACUGCUCAUGUUUUGUUCGAUACCUUCCCAAUCCCAGCGGCUGCUGGUUUUCCCUUGUGUAAAUAUGGAGGCCAUCAAGUGGGUAAGAGACCCGGUGUUUUGUGAUCAAUACUAUAUCUGCCACUUCGGGCAACCUUUGGCCAUGCCUUCCUGCCCAUCUGGACAAGUUUGGAGUAACGGUGCUUUGAACUGUGUACCAGAGGGCUCUCGAUGGGACGAUUGUGCUAUAAAGGAAGAAGAAAAGACCGCCUACACGGUACCCGAUAAUCGCGAUAAUGACGUUGACAUAAUAGCCCUCCCCCCAACAACAACGCCACGUGUUGCCUCGCCCCGACACGUCCACCGAGGGGUGACCAGAACCGAUUCAAACAAUGGUGAUCAUAAAAUGAUUAUAUCGGUGCAAAAAUUGCCUGACUAUCCCACAGAAGCGCAUCACCAGAACAUCCCAGAAGCACAGACUGAGAACCAUGUGCAAAAAGAAAUUUUCCCACCCAUCUUCACGACCAGGAAAUCACUGCCUCAGGGGGGAAUAAUAACAGAAUGGCGUGGCCAAGAGAGUCAGGCGAAGGGGCAGGUAAUCAGCUGGUACACAAAAGCACCCUUGACAACUAACGCCACCCAGAGGCAGAUCAUCUGGACCCCGGCUCCAUGGAUCCAGAAGAAGUUGGAGAAAAUGGGAAGAAACAACAACUACGUCCAAGUCGUAGAGAAAACAACGAAGGCGAAAGAACGAACGAAGCAGGGGAAGCUCCCAAAGAGCACACUCAGCCACUACGUUGAUCCAGGUCACCCAUGUCUGUCAACCCCCGGGGCCUUCUUGCCCCAUCCGGACACCUGCCACUGGUACUACAACUGCAGCUUGGCCAAUCUGGAGAACGUCCCGACCCAGGCCACUGCCCACUACUCCGAUGACGACAUUGACUACACUAGAGAAGGUUUCUACAGGAUGGAGCCUUUCCGAGUCGUGGACGCCGGCGUUUUCGUCUGGGAAUGCCGGUAUCCGCAGCUUUUCGAUGACGUCACGAUGAGGUGCCGAGAGUUCAUCAACGUGGACUGCAAGUCUCGUUUUGAAGCGGUGGACCAGUGUGAGUACUCUCAGCGCCAGUGUGUGGGCGGCCACUGCAUGCCGUGUGAGCGCCGUUUCGGCUACUGUCGUGAAAGACCUGACGGCGUCUACCCUUUGCACGAACUGCGUUGGACUCCAGUCUUUCUGACCUGCUACAGGGAGAGAAACAUCGCACAGGACGAGUGUGCCCCACCCACGCCCAUCUUCUCCCCAGAAAGGCUGGACUGCGUGUCUUUGUUCGAGGUAGUUUAUCAUUCUAACUUUGUGUGGUAG